UACAAGACAAGAAGCUGGUGCAUAAUUUUUUACGGAGGUUAGAACCCUUUUAUGUUCCUUUUUUGGAGAGAAUUUCUUGGUGUAUUUUCUCAAAUUUCACAAAAUGGAAGGUGGUAUUCCAAAAGCAGACAAAACAGAAUUUAGAGAAUGUUGUCUUACAACUUGGAAACAGCCUUAUAUUAUGCAACUCGCUUUAUCAGCUGGUCUUGGAGGGCUUCUCUUUGGUUAUGACACAGGAGUUAUCUCUGGGGCCCUUCUUUAUAUCAGAGAUGAUUUUGAAGCUGUUGACAAGAGUACAAUUUACCAAGAAUUCAUAGUAAGCACAGCAGUAGCAGGAGCUAUGAUUGGUGCUGCAUUUGGUGGAUGGGUUAAUGAUUGGAAAGGGAGAAGAAUAUCAAUCUUGAUAGCUGAUAUUUUGUUUUUUAUUGGUGCAUUAGUCAUGGCUGCCUCAAUACAUCCUUAUAUGAUAAUUUGUGGAAGAUUACUUGUUGGCAUGGGUGUUGGAAUGGCCUCCAUGACUGGACCUCUUUAUAUUUCAGAAGCUUCUCCUGCUAAAAUUAGAGGUGCCCUUGUUAGCACAAAUGGUUUGCUAAUUACUGGAGGCCAAUUUUUAUCAUACCUUAUUAAUUUGGCUUUCACAAAGGCGCCCGGAACUUGGCGUUGGAUGCUUGGAGUUGCAGGGCUUCCAGCUUUGAUUCAGUUUAUAUUGAUGUGGUCACUUCCUGAGUCCCCUAGGUGGCUUUAUAGAAAGGGUAGGAAACAGGAAGCAGUGGAUAUUUUGAAGAAAAUAUAUCCAUCUCAUGAACUUGAUAGUGAGGUUGAGGCUUUACGCAUAUCAGUUGAAAAUGAAAUAGCAGAGGAAGGUUCAAUUGGUGAAGGUAACAUAUUUACUAGGGUUAGGAAAGCAUGGAGUAAUGUGAUAGUCAGAAGAGGGCUCAUUGCUGGAAUUGGAUGUCAAGUAGCUCAACAGUUUGUGGGGAUCAACACAGUCAUGUACUACAGCGCAACUAUAGUACAGUUGGCUGGGUUUGCUUCAAAUAAGACAGCCUUAGCACUCUCCCUUGUUACUUCUGGUCUUAAUGCAAUUGGUUCCAUUGUUAGUAUAUUAUUUGUUGAUAGAUAUGGGAGGAGAAAAUUGCUUCUUUGGAGUUUGUUUUUCAUUGUAGUUUGUCUUACUGGUUUAUUUGGAGUGUUCAAAGAAGCUGCUAUGCGUUCUCCACCUGUAAGUCAUGUAGAAUCUGCACACUUUGGUGCAAAUGCUACUUGUCCUCUUUACUCUGCAGCAAGAGAUGCAUUAUCUUGGAGCUGCAUGUCAUGCUUAAAAGCAUCCUCUGAUUGUGCGUUUUGCGCCAAUGGCCAACAGAAAGCUGGUGCAUGUUUGGCUUCAAACCCAAGUAUUAAAAAUGCAUGUCAUGGAGAGCACCGCGAAUGGUUCACUAAAGGAUGUCCAAACAGUUUUGGGAUUUUAGCAGUAUUGGGCUUAGGAGCAUACAUAAUUGCUUAUUCACCUGGUAUGGGAACUGUCCCUUGGGUUCUGAACUCAGAGAUAUACCCAUUGAGAUAUAGAGGGCUUUGUGGAGGGAUGGCUGCAGUUGCUAACUGGUUUUCGAACUUCAUCGUGAGCCUGACAUUCUUAACUCUAACUCAACUCCUUGGCUCAGCAUAUACAUUUCUCUUGUUUGGAUUCUUUUCACUCUGUGCUUUUGUAUACAUCUACUUUCUUGUACCUGAGACCAAAGGGUUGCCAUUUGAGGAGGUUGAGAAGAUGCUGGAACGAGGAUUUAAGCCCUGGCCUUUCAAUUCAAAAGAAAAAGAGCAGCAUAAAUGAAGCUCAAGGAAAUCAUUGAUAUAAUAAUUUUAUUUUCA